AUGGGUUUGGAGACCAGCUGCUUGGUGCAGCCAGGCGCGCCCAGGCACCAAAUCGGCGGCUAUACUUCCACAGGCUGCUUCGUGCCGGGGAACAGCUGCAUGGGCCCGGGGAGCGCGUGCAUGAAUCGCCAAGAUGCCCGCAAUGUGAAGAACGGCGAGGCAAAAGGUGCCCGUGGAAACCACGGCCCACUGCUGGAGUCGCUGACGCUGCGGCCCUUGCCCACGGGUCCGGGGCCCUUCUGUGGACCCGAUCGGGGCGUCACCCUCGAGGCGAAGUACGCAUCCUCGGAGGAGGCCUGCAAGGCUGCCAAGAAGUUCGCUGUGUCCGGAGACGCGCAGCAGGCGCUGGUCGCCUACUCCAAUGCCCUGGAGUUGGACGAGAACAAUCCUUGUGUCUGCGACGACUUCGGACAGUUCCUACUGGCCCACGGACAGUUGGCUGGAGCAGAGUACCUCUUCACCCGAGCCGUGUCCUUGGACCCACAGAAUGCCCAGUACUGCUACCGUAAAGGUGUGGUGCUGCAGCAGCAGAGGCAGCUGAAGCAAGCCAUAGAGGCCUUCACUGCAGCUUUGGCUUUGAAGCCUCAGUUUCUGGGUGCCCUCUUCAACCUGGGGGUGGUGCACCGUGAGCUGG